UGUGUGCACGGCCACGAAGUAUUCCACGCCACUUUAAGACGACCGACUCGUCACAGUGGCUGGAAAACGCGAUUUUUUGGGGGGAAUGGUCCGUGCUAUUAAUAUUAAUAAUAACCGAAGCAGCAGCGGCACGACGGAGAUCCUCAUCCACUCAUCAAAUGUGAGGACUAUCGUGUGGACGCUCACAUGGCGCAGGAAGAGGACCAACACACCCUGCGGGCUAAAUUUUAUGCUGCGGUUAAAGUGAUCUGCAGCCUGCCGAACGAAGGUCCCUUUCAGCUGUCGGAUGACAUGAUGCUGAUGUUCUUUAGCUACUACAUGCAGGCCACCUCGGGCCCUUGCAGCUACGCAAGACCUUUUGGGUUCUGGGAGUCGCAAGAACAAGCGAAAUGGGAUGCAUGGAGUUCUUUAGGAAAUAUGACCAAGGAGGACGCCAUGAAGCAUUAUGUUGAAAACAUCCAGCUGAUUUUGGAGACCAUGCCCGUCUCAAAUGAAGUCGCUGAGCUGGUUCAGAAGCUCGGCAAUUUCUACACGGACGUGGUGGAGGACGAAGGUGAAAGGGAUGAGAUGGACAGCAGACUUUUCACAAGGCCGUUUGCGCAGCAAGCAGAUGAGCUGGUCACUCCGAGGAAACCUGCAAUGGAAGGCUACGGAGAUCUGUGGAAUGAUAUACAAGACGUUCAAGAAAAGGACAGUGUUCAAAGCGUGAGCUUCAAUCCGGUCGAGGAUGCUAAUGAAUAUCUGGGAGAAGAGGACAUACAUGAAGAAAAUGAGACUGACAAUGAUGAAGACAAGUCGGAUGUAAAAGAGUGGAGCCUUGAGGACAAAGAGUGGCGGUGUGACACCAGAACUUACAGCAGCGCCUUUGAGCUGAGCACGUCCUCCUCCACUAACGCCCACAGCUCCCUCAACAGCGAGGUGGAGGAGGAGGAGCUGGUGUGCUUUACUGAGCCCAGCAUACGGUGUAUCCCUACCGACAUGCGCUUUAAUGGACCCGUGAGCGAUCAAAAAUAUAUUAAGAAGCACUAUCCUCCUGCAGAUUCUGAUCAGGAGGAGUUUUGUGAUUCCAAUGAGCAUGUGACCAUGGACAAGACGCUUCCUACAUCCGCAAUUCAGUCCACGGUAUCUCCUGCCGCUUCAGUGAGGGAACAAGAGCUUUGGUUUGAGAGUUCCUCCGCCCUUAAAGCAGAAGGUGGUUCCCUCCUCAGAAGAGAGUCUCGCGUUCAAGAACCUCACAAUGCGACUUUCAUCAGAGAGUCCCCAAUGACCGCUUGCAACUCCCUGUUGUUGUUGCCGGCGUGUGACGGUGUGUCACCGUGCGCACACCGCACCGCUUUGCCGCCGGCCUUUGACGGAGUGUCGCCGUGCGCACGCUCCAGCGGCGCUUCCUGGGGGAACGUCAACGAGCAAAUAGCCGCGGCUCUGUUCAGGCUGCAGGACGACAUGGCCCACGUGCUGCACCGCCUGCACACGCUGGAGGAGCUCAGUGUGGCGCAGGUGAAGGAGUCAAGGUCAUCUUCAUUAAGGUGUGAGGACUCUCUACCUGCAGCACACAAGUUCUCUUUACAGUUUCGGAAACCUUCCUGGUGGCCAUUUGACCAUUCGCCAGUUACAGUGGUGAUGACCGCACUCUGGCCUGCUAUUGCAUAUGGACUAGUCCAGCUUUAUUCACGCCGGAAAAGACGGAAAAUGACUUGAAUUCAUCCUGGGACUUCACAUCAUCAUGUUGGAAAAAGCUUAAAAUCAAAUACUCCAGAUUUGAGAGUAUUGUGAGCGCGUUAGAAAGAUUUGGAUUUCAGCGUCAUGUGUCGAGCUUUUCAAUAGUCGUGUUGUUUAAUGUGUAAAUGAUUCAGCUUUAAAAUGGGUAUACUUUCAGGAUAUAUUUUCUGCAACUGUUGCAUAUGUAAGCAUUUAUAUGCAUUUGUAUUUAAAAAAACAAGCAUUGUAUUUUCAAUUAAGGAAAACUUAAAUUAACUAUUUAUAUGCCCGAAAGAGUCUCACUGGUUAUUUAUUCUUUUACUGUAAUUCGACGAAAAAAACUGAAUAUUAGUAAAGUAGAUAUUAGAUUUUACAAUGCAGUAGUUUUGUUUGGCAGAAACAUAAUAAAGACAAUCUUUAUGUAGUAUUUGAUGAUCUGUUUUAUUGUUGAUUGCAUUGUCAACAGGGAACGCACCAACCAGAGACUCUAACUGGGCGGUUUUCGACCAAAGAUUUAGUCGAAUCUGAGUUUUUUAGAUUUUGCUCAUUGUGACAAUCAGUUGACUCUUUGGUUAUGUACGUGAAUCAAAAGGUACUUAGGAAAGGAAUGCAGUCUUUCAUUAAAGUAAACAAAACAAACAUGUCAUUUGUGACUUUAUUUACCUCCAAAAGGUCUAAGCCACAGUUUGUGAGGUCUGCUCCGCCGCACAAGAGGACAUCAUACUUGACUAAAUAGAGGAAGUUGGUCCUAACGAUGGAUUUAACGUCAUACGAUACGAUUCAAGGUUGAAUCUUCGACUAUUUGAAGACAGCCCUAGACUGUUGUGUACCUAGUACCCCUCCCUAUACACAGAACAUGUACUCUGCGUUUAUCCAUGGGAGCCCUUUUCUGCGUUAAUAAGCGCAUGUAAAAUGUAGUUUUGUUUGACAGAAACAUAAUAAAGACAAUCUUUAUGUGGGGUUUUAUCUAUUUUAGUGUUGAUUGUAUUGUCAACAAGGAAACAAAGUAAACAACCAGAGACUCUAGCUGGACUAAAGAUUUUCAUAGUCUAUCCUGAUUCGUUAGUUUUUGCUCAUUGCGACGAUCCGUCGACUCGUUAGCUAUACGGUAAUCAAAAGGUACUUAUUAAAACAAUGCAGUCUUUCAUUAAAGUAAACAAAACAAACAUCUCUUAUGUGAAUUGUUUUCCUCCAAAAAGGUCUAAACCACAGUUUGUGAGGUCUGGUCUGACGCACAAGAGGACAUCAUACUUGACUAAAUGGGGGAAGUAAAAGUCAUAACGAUGGAUUUAAUAUCCGACGAUACGACUGUGAGGUUGAAUCUUCGACUAUAUGAAGACCGCCCUAGACGGUCGUGUACCUAGUACCUGGGGCCCGCCCCUCCCUAUACACAGAUCAUGUACUCUACGUAGGGCUCGUUUAUCCAUGGGGGCCCUUUCUACGUUAAUAAGCACAUGUAAAAUGUAGUUUUGUUCCAUAGAAACAUAAUAAAGACAAUCUUCAUGUAGUAUUUUAUCCAUUUUAUUGUUGGUUGCUUUGUCAAUAAGGAAACAAAGGAAACAACCAGAGACUCUAGCUGGGCUGGUUUCGACUAAAGAUUUUCAUAGUGGAUUCUGAUUUGUUAGUUUUUGCUCAUUG